GGCCUAUUGGUCUCGCGGGAUUGCGCGCCUGCUAGUCGCUUCCUCUUUUAGGGGUGGUGAUCCACCUCACGGAGUGUCCUGGUGGCGGUGAAUGGUGUCGGUGAGGCUGGUUGUGCUAGGCUCGGAGGGCGAGAACUGUUGAAGAAUCGGGGCUAGGUGUGCUGUAUUGCACGCCGCUCGUGCUUGCUUGAGCCAGGCCGUUUUCUGGCGCCUUGGCCAGGGAACCGCCUAAACCGACCCUAAGGGCCUCGGUGUCUGAGCUCCUCACCAAACGCGCCAGCCCUGAGCCGCCCCGCGCGCCUCCGCAGUUCUUAGUGGUCUGCUCGGGGCUGGUGAUAGUGGCUACUGGUUUGUCUCCCGGCCGCAGUGCGGAACGGCGAGGCCCUGUUUAAUCCUCAGUGUGCCCACCUGGUGUCUCGCUCGGUUUCCUGAAGCUCGGGCGGCUCCCGAAAUGCCUUCUCCCGCUCUCACACUUCUGAGUGGGCACUCCGGCUUCCUUUCUCCUUUGCCCUUUUGCUAUCAUUUGGUUGUCCUCUCAAGUUUGAGCAACUUAAAUUGCUUCAGGGACUUAGAUGCCUGGUUGCUUUAUGGUCCUUUUAAUGCAGAUGUUGUAAAUACUUUUUCUAAAUGCCACAUUGAGGCCAGGCGCGGUGGCUCACACCUGUAGUCCCAACACUGGGAGGUCGAGGCGGAAGGAUUGCUUGAGGCGAGUAGUUCAACACCAGCCUGGGCAACAUAGUGAGACCCUCGUCUUCACAUACAAAAGUAAAUAAGUAAAAAUAAAUGCUAUUUUUGGAUUUUCUCCAGAAUCUACAUAACACGCCUGUGACCCUUUCCUGGACACAAUGCAGACAGUUGCUCGCUUCCCCACCUGUACCACCACACAAUCUAGUAUAACCCUUAUGUAAUUUAUUGACCUACGUUUGUCUUCCGUACUAGACCUAAUUCCUUAUGUGGUCAAGGACUGUUUUAUUCACACUCAACGAGUGAUUGUUGAGUGAAUAAAUGAACUUACCCUCACCUCCCUGUCUUCACUAAUAGCAGCAUGUCUUCGCUCUUAAGUCGGUUCCUUCAACCAGUGUUCAAGAUCCCAUCCCCUCGCUAGUCUAUUAAUAGAUCCCAUGGGAAAAAUGAAAUAAAUUUUUAAAAUCCCAUCCCCUCAUUUAUUCUCUGUGUGUAUGUGUGAGCGUGUAUUUAUUUAUUUUUCUUUGUCUUUCCCCCUUCAGCUAAAAUAUAUUUUAGCUAAAAUAUCCAAAAUUCUGGUCAGGCUUGGUGGCUCACUUCUGUAAGCCCAGCACUUUGGAAGGCUGAGGCGGGUGGAUCACGAGGUCAGGAGAUGGAGACCAUCCUGGCUAACACGGUGAAACCCCGUCUCUACUAAAAAUACAAAAAAUUAGCCGGGCGUGGUGGCGGGCACCUGUAAUCCCAGCUGCUCUGGAGGCUGAGGCAGGAGAAUGGCGUGAACCCGGAAGGCAGAGCUUGUAGUGAGCCGAGAUCGCGCCACCGCACUGCAGCCUGGGCGACAGGAGACUCCGUCUCAAAAAAAAAAAAAAAAAAAAAAAAAAAAUUGAAAUUCUCCCAUGUCCUUGCCCUUUCCUUUACAGCCAAGCUCCCCAAAAGAGUAGUCUACAAAUCCUGCCCAUUUGCACGUUCCCAUCCAUUGUUCACUGCAGUCUAGCUCACAGCCUGUGACUUCAGUGACAUUGCUCUUACUAAUGUCAUUAAUGAACCAAUUGCCAAAUUGGACUCUUCCUAUUCUUCAUAUCGCUGUUCUUUCUGUUGUACUUUAAUCUGUUGGCGUCUUUUUCUAGAAAAAGUCUUGCCUUCCUCCUACUCUUUGGUCACUUAUCAGUCUUCUUUUCAGGUUCUUCCAGCGUUGUCCACCAUUUGAAUGUUGAUGUUCCUCAGCCUUCUGUCCUUGUCCUUAUCUUUUCACAGUACAUGGUUUUCUUGGGUGGCUUCAAUUCACAUCCUUAUUGCUGAGCUCCACACCCAUAUGGUCACUUAAUUACUGGUUAGUAUUCCUUGGACAUUCUACAGACAAACAUAUCCAAAGAACUCAAUCUGCACUGCUUACUGGUGCCUUCUUUAUUCUCUAUCUUGGUGAGUGGCACCAUUGUCCACCUAGAUAAUGAAAAUUGUCCCCAAGCCUUCUCUUCUUCUACUACACUGUCACCCUAUCCUUUUGUUUCUGUAUCUCUCCAAUGUGCUUCCUCUGUUUAAGCCUUAGUGCCCCUGCCUUUGUUCAGGCCCCCAUCAUAUCUCUUACCUGGAGUUUACAACACCUUCCUUUGUUCACUCUGCCUGCAUUCUAACCCUCCUCCAAUUUCUGUAUCCUUCACACCUCCCCCAGGUUAGUAUUCCAAAAACAUGACUUUCAUUCUCUUACUUGAUCAAAAAGUUCAAUAGCUCCUUAUGACCAACAGAAUAUAGCCCACUUGCCUUUCCAAACUUACCUCAGCCUCUCCCUUACACAAGCUUUCUACUGCAGCCAUGCCUAGUAUAUCCCAUUUGCAUUUUUGCCUUUGCUCAUGCUGUUUCUCAUCCCGGAGUGCCCAUCCUCUUCCUGACCACAUGUCCUGAAUCUUCCUCAACCUUUAAGGCCCGCUUUAUAUUCUGCUUCUUCCCAGAACACUUCAGUGCACAAGGAUAACAACCAACAUUUUCAGAGCACUUGGCAAUUUACAAAACACAUCUGCCUGAAGGUACAGCACUGCCAGCCUCAUUUUACGUGUGUGAAAACUGAAGCACAGAAGAAUUGGGUGACUUGUCGGAUGUUGCAUAGGUGGUCAGCAUUAUGGUCUUCAUCACUCCAUCAACCUUAAUCACAUACUACAUGUGAUCAGCAGGAAGAGGGGUCUUGAGAGUAGGAGGCGAGAUCAAAGAAGACAUCAUCGUCUAUUUGACAUCAAAACUGGCCAGUAAGUGCACAAGAAAUGAGCUGGGUUACCUGGAACCUAACCUUGGGAAGAUGAUCUGUCAAUGGAGGUCAAGCUUGUCUACCAAUAAGGAGAGGCACAGGUAUGGGACACUUUUGAAGGGUUUGUUCGCCUUCAAACAAACAGCAGGCACCUCCAGGCUUUAUUUUCCACGGCAGAGAUGGCUAGACUCUCUUUUUGGUCCCAGGGAGUGGAGCUGGCUCGCUCUACACGCUGCUUCCCACCUGAGGAUAUCAGUGGAAAAGCCCCAGUCCUGGGCACAGGCAUGGCUGUGGACGUGGGCAUGAGCUUUAUGGGGCUGCCAUUAGCUGGCCAGAAACACUGCCCUAAGAGUGGACAGAUGGAGGCCGUGGUAAUGACCUGCUCAUUGUGCCGUCAGGACCUGCUAGGUGUGGGCUCCCAUCUCCUAUCCUGCCAGCAUUUGCUCUGUAAGGACUGCUUCCAGGGCUUGAUACAGGAGCUAGGGCAGAUUGCCAAGGCUCAUGAGACUGUUGCAGAUGAGCUUAUCUCCUGUCCUGGGUGUAAACAAGUAUAUCUUACCGGGGAUGUAACUGAACAUUUUUUUCUGCAUUGUGUUCCUACUGAGCAACCCAAGAUGGCCAGGAACUGCUCUGAGUGCAAGGAGAAGAGGGCAGCACAUAUCCUCUGCACCUACUGCAAUCGCUGGCUGUGCAGCUCUUGUACAGAGGAACACCGACACAGCCCUGUCCCCGGGGGCCCAUUCUUUCCUCGGGCCCAGAAGGGAUCUCCAGGAGUGAAUGAUGGUCCCGGAGACUUCACCUUGUAUUGUCCUCUACACACACAGGAAGUACUCAAGCUAUUCUGUGAGACAUGUGAUAUGCUCACUUGCCAUAGCUGCCUAAUGGUGGAACACAAAGAACACAGGUGCAGACAUGUUGAAGAAGUUUUGCAAAACCAGAGGAUGCUUCUGGAAAGUGUGACUACACAGGUGGCACAUAAGAAAUCCAGUCUACAGACAUCUGCAAAGCAAAUUGAGGACAGGAUUUUUGAAGUGAAGCAUCAGCAUAGGAAGGUGGAAAACCAGAUCAAAAUGGCCAAGAUGGUUCUGAUGAAUGAACUAAACAAACAGGCCAACGGGCUAGUAGAGGAAUUAGAGGGGAUUACUAAUGAGAGAAAGCGGAAGCUGGAACAGCAGUUACAGAGCAUCAUGGUUCUCAACCGUCAGUUUGAGCAUGUGCAGAAUUUCAUCAACUGGGCUGUCUGCAGCAAAACCAGUGUCCCUUUUCUUUUCAGCAAAGAGCUGAUUGUGUUUCAGAUGCAGCGAUUGCUGGAGACAAGUUGUAACACAGAUCCUGGCUCCCCUUGGAGUAUCAGAUUCACCUGGGAGCCUAACUUCUGGACCAAGCAGCUAGCUUCUCUUGGCUGCAUAACUACUGAAGGUGGACAAAUGUCCAGGGCAGAUGCUCCUGCUUAUGGAGGCUUACAGGGGUCAUCACCCUUUUAUCAAAGCCACCAGUCUCCAGUGGCUCAGCAAGAGGCUCUUAGCCACCCCUCACACAAGUUCCAGUCUCCAGCAGUGUGCUCCUCAUCUGUGUGCUGCUCCCACUGCUCCCCAGUCUCGCCUUCCCUCAAAGGCCAGGUCCCCCCACCCAGCAUACACCCAGCCCACAGCUUUAGGCAGCCCUCUGAGAUGGUGCCCCAGCAGCUGGGGUCUCUGCAGUGCUCUGCCCUGCUGCCCAGGGAGAAAGAGCUGGCCUGCAGCCCUCAUCCACCAAAGCUGCUGCAGCCCUGGCUGGAAACCCAGCCCCCUGUGGAGCAGGAGAGCACAUCCCAGCGGCUGGGGCAGCAGCUGACUUCCCAGCCCGUGUGCAUUGUCCCCCCACAGGAUGUUCAGCAAGGAGCCCAUGCCCAGCCCACCUUACAGACACCCUCUAUCCAAGUCCAGUUUGGCCACCACCAGAAGCUGAAGCUCAGUCACUUUCAGCAGCAGCCACAGCAGCAGCUACCACCUCCACCACCACCCCUCCCCCGUCCCCCACCUCCCCUCCCCCCUCCCCCACAGCAGCCACACCCACCUCUACCUCCAUCCCAGCAUCUGGCUUCUAGUCAGCACGAGAGCCCUCCUGGCCCUGCCUGUUCUCAGAACAUGGACAUAAUGCAUCACAAGUUUGAGCUGGAGGAAAUGCAGAAGGACUUGGAGCUUCUUCUCCAGGCUCAGCAGCCCAGCCUGCAACUGAGUCAGACCAAAUCUCCUCAGCAUCUUCAGCAAACCAUUGUGGGGCAGAUCAACUACAUCGUGAGGCAGCCAGCACCUGUCCAGUCCCAGAGCCAGGAGGAGACCCUGCAGGCUACAGAUGAGGCCCCAGCAUCUGAGGGCUCAAAGCCGGCUCUCGCUCUUGACAAUAAUACUGCUGCUGCCUUGCCCCAGGCGUCUGGGGAAGAAACCGCUCUCAGUGUCCCCCCAGUGGACAGCACCAUCCAGCACUCCUCUCCAAAUCUGGUGAGAAAGCACUCCACCUCGGUGAGCAUCAUGGGCUUUUCCAACACUCUGGAGAUGGAGUUGUCAUCUACCAGGUUGGAGAGGCCCCUAGAGCCACAGAUCCAGAGUGUGAGCAACCUGACAGCUGGUGCCCCCCAGGCAGUACCAAGCCUGCUGAGUGCUCCCCCCAAAAUGGUGUCCAGCCUGACAAGUGUUCAAAACCAGGCCAUGCCCAGCGUGACAACCAGUCACCUACAGACUGUGCCUAGCCUUGUGCAUAGCACAUUGCAGUCCAUGCCCAACCUGAUAAGUGACUCCCCUCAGGUUAUGGCAAGCCUGGCAAGUGAUCACCCUCAGGCUGGGCCCAGCCUAAUGUCUGGUCACACCCAGGCUGUGCCGAGUCUGGCAACUUGUCCUCUGCAGAGCAUCCCUCCAGUUUCUGACAGGCAGCCAGAAACCGGGUCCAGCUCCAGUUCUGGCCGAACUUCAGGGAGCCUGUGCCCCGGAGAUGGGGCUGAUCCCUCCCUGGGGAAUGCUCUGUGUAAGAUGGAAAGUGAGGAUUCCACUCGCUUCACUGACUCACUGGGACAAGGUCCCAUAGUCCCUGGUCUGGAUGCUCCCAGGGACUUGGCCAUCCCCUCAGAACUGGAGGAGCCAAUUAACCUCUCUGUGAAGAAGCCUCCACUGGCGCCAGUGGUCACAUCUACAGCUCUGCAGCAGUACCAGAACCCAAAAGAGUGUGAGAAUUUUGAACAAGGAGCCCUAGAGCUGGAUGCAAAAGAGAACCAGAGCAUCAGAGCCUUCAAUAGCGAGCAUAAGAUUCCCUAUGUGCGACUGGAGCGACUCAAGAUCUGUGCUGCCUCCUCAGGAGAGAUGCCUGUGUUCAAACUGAAGCCACAGAAGAAUGAUCAGGAUGGGAGCUUCCUACUGAUCAUCGAGUGUGGCACUGAGUCCUCCAGCAUGUCCAUUAAGGUCAGCCAGGACAGACUGUCUGAGACCACCCAGGCCCCAGGUCUGGAGGGAAGAAAGGUCACUGUCACUUCUCUGGCUGGGCAGCGGCCACCAGAAGUGGAGGGCACAUCUCCUGAAGAACACAGACUCAUUCCUCGAACCCCAGGAGCCAAGAAGGGCCCCCCAGCCCCAAUAGAGAAUGAGGACUUCUGUGCUGUUUGCCUCAAUGGUGGAGAGUUACUGUGCUGUGACCGCUGCCCCAAAGUGUUCCACCUCUCCUGCCAUGUGCCAGCCUUGCUCAGCUUCCCAGGGGGAGAAUGGGUGUGUACCUUGUGCCGCAGCCUGACCCAGCCCGAGAUGGAGUACGACUGUGAGAAUGCCCGCUAUAACCAGCCUGGAAUGCGGGCAUCUCCUGGCCUAAGCAUGUAUGACCAGAAGAAGUGUGAGAAGCUGGUACUGUCCUUGUGCUGCAAUAACCUCAGCCUGCCCUUCCAUGAACCUGUCAGCCCCCUGGCCCGGCAUUAUUACCAGAUUAUCAAGAGGCCCAUGGACCUGUCAAUCAUCCGGAGGAAGCUGCAAAAGAAGGACCCGGCUCACUAUACCACCCCAGAGGAGGUGGUAUCAGAUGUGCGCCUCAUGUUCUGGAACUGUGCUAAGUUCAAUUAUCCUGACUCCGAGGUUGCAGAGGCUGGCCGCUGCCUGGAAGUGUUCUUUGAGGGCUGGUUGAAGGAGAUCUACCCGGAGAAACGGUUUGCCCAGCCAAGGCAGGAGGACUCAGACUCCGAGGAGGUGUCUAGUGAGAGUGGAUGUUCCACUCCCCAGGGCUUCCCGUGGCCUCCCUACAUGCAGGAGGGCAUCCAACCCAAGAGGCGGCGACGACAUAUGGAGAAUGAAAGAGCAAAAAGAAUGUCAUUUCGCCUGGCCAACAGCAUCUCUCAGGUGUGAGAGCCAAAAGGAGACUGGGCACUCUGGCAGCUGUUGUCCCAUACUGUCGACCAUUCCUCCCCAUCUUGCAGCUUAUCCUCUUCAGAGUGUGGAUGGUAGAUGAGUCUCGUUGAACUGUGUAGUGCUCUUCUUUGCCAUUUGCAUCUACAGCAUUUAUUUGGGAGCUGUAGUACAUCCACUACAGAGAAGAUUUCAGUAAUAAACAGGAAAGAGGAAGGUAUUUAUUAUUACCAGAGUAAUCAGAUGUAUAGGCUCCACUUGACAAGACCACACCUGGUUAGGCUUGGGAGGACCUACUUUCCUUGGUGAAUUUUUUUCUGCCUAGGAAAGCAGACCUGUCUAACCUUUUAGUGUCCAGGGCUCAGGAGCCAUGUAUACAUCUGAACUCCUCCUGGGCUCAGAAGUGGGUAAAAGAAGGGAGAGAGGUUUAGACAUAUGGCAGGACUGUGAUCCCUGGCCCAGCACAGCCAAAGACUGUCACUGUUUGCCUUUGCUUGUCCUGUCUGGAUAGAGGCACCUGCCAUGUGCAGACUAGUGGAGGCUUCUAGAGGCCAUAGGUCUCAAUUUGUGCCUAUUUGGGUUCUAACGGUUUUCAGGGUAUUUGUUUUGCAUAGUCACUUUCCUGAUGUUGACAUAAGUGGCUGCUGUGAAAAUGCUGUGGAUGGUGUGACAUUCUUGAUUCAGCUGGGUGGCUGUGCAGAGACCACUUACAUCUUCUGGUUCGGAUUUCACUUACAGACUUAGAAAGAUGUCCACUUCAGAGCCUGCCCUCUGUGCUACUUACUCUGGGCUAAUCACACUUCUUUAGGGUGAGAACCUGCCUUCCUAGAAGUGACUGUUGGUGCUUGUCAGUGGCCAUACCCUUCAUCAUCCUCAUUCAGAGGUCUGGAUCUUGAGUUCUGCUUGUGAAUACUGUGAGACAGCUGCUGUCUGCUUCAGGUCCAGAGUUCCGUGGGUGGAGAGAGUAACCCACAACCAGCUCACUCCUCUGGGCCUCUCCUCCUGCUUAAAGAUUCUAGUUCUCCACCUUUCCAAGUUCAUGAGCCAAAUAUCAGAAGUGAGUCUUCUGACUAGUCCGCCUCCAGGCUGUCUACAGCCCCAAAAAAGCCAACACUUUUCUGGCAGCCCUUUUUGUUGGAGGUUAGAGAAGUCCUCAGGGACCAACAGGGGCCAGAUCUAGAAAUUCCUGGGGGAAGUUUGUCUAAGGUGGACAGGGGGAAAAAUCAAGAGGCAAAAAGCCAGUGUCCUUUGGUGACCGUGAAGCAACCUCAGAGCCUUAGUUCUCCUAGAAUGCAGAGAGAAGCAUUCUGGAAGCCAUGGGAACAGGAGCUCGAGGCUGCAUCCUGAAUGGAUCUGCAUGGCCCUCGCAGGGUGUUUGUGAGGAUACUGGAGGUCAGGCUACCUCCCAAGCAAGGGCUUGGUUGAGGAGGAUCCCAUUGCUCAUAUUGUUGGGGGAGCUAUGAACCUGACACGUCAGUGGCCAGGACUGAACAGCUCUCCCUGGUCCUGUCAUUGCAUGGCCAAUUUCAGGGGAGUCUGAGGUCAUGGCUUUCUUUUUGCUAAGAGAUGAAGUUCAAGGAUGUUCUUGUUUGUAGGGCCUUUGCUAAUGAGCAGUUUUUUUUUUAAUUAGAAAACAUUUCUUCUCUCUUUGUGAGUUGAUGGUAGUGCUCAUUUCCUUCUCUACCCAACCUGAGAGAUCAUCUUCACUUUAAAGCAAACCAUGCCCCUUGGCUUGCCAUUCUUUCAGCAGCACAUGCCAUGUUCUCCUAAGCAGAUGGGCUUCCAUGAUCCCGUUUUCUAGUUUGGGAUAACUGAGUCUUCAAUGCUUUACUAGUCUGGCAAUCUUUGGACUUAGGCUUCUGCCCUUUGAGACUCACAUGACUUUCUGGUUUGGGGUCUGGUCAUUUCCCUUUCAAUUUUUGAAUCUUCUUCUCUGUUCAGUUGGCUUGGCAAAGUACCCUCUGUUCUCGUGUCACUAAUUCCUGCUCUAGGUCAUCUUUCCUUUGUGCAGCCCACAUUCCCACCAUCCCUGUGAGCUUUGUUGUACUUGGUGUUGGGCAGCUGGUGAGUGUUGUGACAGGCUCAGACCUGAUCCUUCCUCAGGAGCAACUGGAGACCACAAAUUUAAAGCAGAAAUACCUGUUAAAAGCUUGGCUUUCCUUAUAUCAGUGAGGCUCCCAGCUUGGGUGUGGCCUCUGGGCUCAAGGAUCAGCUUGCUGGGCCAGGGGGGUCUUAGUAAUGUGCUGGAGAGACACAUGCUCCCUUCUCAUCAUAGAGAGCCUGCAUGCUGAGAGGCUCCCUUUAGACAUCUGCCUCUCACUGGCUUUUCCUUUAGACCUAGCCACCAGUGUUUUGAGUCAUGGUUUUGUUGUUUUUGCAUGCAAAAACCAGAACAUGACUUAGAAAUUAAAAAAAAAAAAAAAAUCCUGCUAACCAAGUGACUGCCUGCAAAGGCUCUUCAUUAACAUUUGGGCUGAUCCUGCUUUUGACUUAUUCCCAUAAUGGCCCAGUUUUGAAGUCAGCCAAGUCCUUUUGUUCUUGACAACAUCAUGCAGUGGAAAUACGGUGAGUUCUAGAUUCUUAUGGGACAGCUUGCAGUCCUAGAGGAAAAAUUGACUUCUUGGGUGUGCUGAGAAAUAAGACAGUAAAGUGGCUUCAGUUGAUGCAAAGGGGAUUUUAGUUAAAAAUUGGUUCAGGAUUUUUAAAUUUUAUUUUAUUUUUUGGCUGGGCGCGGUGGCUCACACCUGUAAUCCCAGCACUUUGGGAGGCUGAGGUGGGUGGAUCACCUAAGGACAGGAGUUCAAGACCAGCUUGGCCAACAUAGUGAAACCCCAUCUCUACUAAAAAUACAAAUAUCAGCCAGGUGUGAUGGCACGUGCCUGUAGUCCCAGCUACUUGGGAGGCUGAGGCAGGAGAAUUGCUUGAAUCCAGGAGGUGGAGGUUGCAGUGAGCUGAGAUCAUGCCAUUGCAUUCCAGCCUGGGCAACAGAACAAGACUCCAUCUCCAAAAAAAAAAAAAAAAAAAAAAUUGGUUCAAGAUGAACUUGCAGAGCACUCUUCCACAGAACAUGGUUAGGUUAGCCCUGCCUGACUUCUAGCAAUUGCUAACUAUACACCUUGCCUGCCUCUAGUACCCCUACCUGAGUGGCAACCAGACCCUCCAUAGGCUCUGUUCCAUGGCAGUCCCUGCCAUGCACCCCCCAGCAGACUCUGGCUCCCUCCCUGUACCCAUUUCUAGCAACAGCUCCUUGCCUGGCUGCUAAGAUGGAGGCGCCUCCUUGUUUGUUUCUGGGCUCUGUUCUGCUCCCUCUCUCACUCCAUGGAGUCACUUAUAGUCUUCCUUUCUGAACUCCUGAACUGAGCCUUUGCUCCUUCUGGAUCGCCACCUCCUGGGCUUCUUCUCCCUCCCUCAGUACUGCCAAAAUUGCCCUGCUCCUUUAGUCCAUUUCCAUGACCUCAGCCCUCUCUCUCCUCUUCUUGUCUUUUAGCUUUCUCCUAGACUUCUUCUUCUCCCCAGCAUGAACCCAGAGCCUAUCACACACUGAUGUUUUUAUCAGCAUCCUGAACUUUCUCAUGCCCUUCAACUUUUUUUUUUUUUUUUUUUUUUAGAGAGAGUCUCACUCUGUCACGCAGGCUGGAGUGCAGUGGUAUGAUGUCGGCUCAUUGCAACCUCUGCCUUCUGGGCUCAGGUGAUCCUCCCAUCUCAGCCUCCUGAGUAGCUGGGACUACAGGUGCAUGCCACCAUGCCUGGCUAAUUUUUCUACUUUAGGUAGAGAUGGAGUUUCACCAUGUUGCUCAAGCUGGUAUCAACACUCCUGGGCUCAAGCGAUCUGCUUCCCUUGGCCUCCCAAAGUGCUGGGAUUACAGGCAUGAGCCACUGCGCCAGGCGUAUCCCCUUCAAUUUUGCUGAAACUAUCAGCCAUUCUCCAUUUUCGGCAUCAUCAUAUUUGCUGCUUCCACCUCCUGGGCUGCUAAGCGUGACAAAUUCACAGUUGGCAGCCUCAGUUGAGCUCUCAGUAUUGACUGGAAAUUCUUUAACUUGUUGUGACCCCUCUUUUUUCCCCACCCAUGCCUCCAACUUUGCCCUCCACAAAUGACUGAGCUCACUGUCUACUUCACAGAAGACAGCCCCUAAAGCAAGAGCUUCCCUGCCUGCUGCUCCUCUCUCCCCUCUCAUUCAUCUGUGUCUGUAACUCUCCCCAACCCCUCCAUUCUUGCUGCUAUUUAGUUCUCUAUGUCUUGAAUCCUGUUGUAUGUCCUCCAAGACUGCUCCCUCGCUUAGUCCACUGCUCCCACUCCCUGGAGUCUCCAGCCUCUGUCUCCACUGGUUACCUCCACACAGCCUGCAAACAAGUUGUCCCCAAGAUUAAAACAGCAUUUCUCAGAAUCUGUUACCCCUUACACAUUUUCCUUGUUAACCAAGUUACUUUUAAAAAGGUCCUUUUUAAACUGAUUCUUCCUCAGCUGUUCUUCAGCCCUCUAUACUUUUUCAUAAAAGUCACCAGUGACUGCCCAGUUGCCAAAUAGAAUGAAUACCUUUCAGUGCUCAGCUGUCUUGACCUCUCCGCAGCAUUUCACACCACCCACCAACCCUCAGUGAAACAACCUCCUCCCUUAGCUUUUAUGACACCAAAAGUCUCUGGAUUCUCGGCGAAUCCAAAAAAACAAGUCUCUGGAUUCUCUCUUACCUCUCAGCCCACACAGGCUGAGCUGUCCUUGAAACCUAGAUGGGGGAAAUGUCUGUGGCUGUCUGUGGUCUCUUCUUUUCAGGAGUUGGGUAGGGAGGAAGAAUCACAGCUGCUCCUGCUUCCUCUAUUUCCUGAGUCCCUUCCUUUUCCUGAACUCAGUUCUCAUGCCAACCAUGUUUAUGAGCUCCUGCUGGGAGGACAGCAUCUGUGAGUCCUUCCCUCUGUCUCUCCCAGACAACACAGAGGUUUUAGCCAUGUUUGCUAAGAGACCCCAUCUAAGUCAGCCCGAGGGUGUGGAUUAGGUUUUACAGCAUCCAGGCCUCAGUCUGGCUAAACUGGAUUACCAGGCUGGCGGGCAGCUCCUCACCAUGAUCCUGCACCAGUUAGAGCCUGCUGCAGUUGGGAAGGAGCCUGGGAUUGUGGUAAGACAUGUUUCCAUGCAUGUCAGUGCUGCUAACCAGGGGGAGAACCUGGCAGGGUGGGUGCCUGCUGCUGAUAACAUUCAGAUGGAGGGAGACUAGGGAGUGUGGUGGCUGCUCCCUUGCUGGGGCUCAGCUGGAGUCAGCAUGACUCCUUAUAUCAGGGCCUUUCCCACCUGUGCUGAUCACCACCACCUGCUUGCUCCAGUUGUUUCUGGAGUUGGAGGCAGCUAUUGGUUGCUUUCUUGGAAGUAAGGAGGCAUAUAUUAGAAAGAUAUCUGAUUUGAGAGUCUGAACACCAUAAUUUUUGGCUCUUUCCAUUAUGAAUUGUGUGACCUUGGAUACAGUUUCCUCCCUAUAAAGUUGUGGUGGGAGAAUGGCUGAGAACAGUGAUCUCUCAGCUUUUCAGCUGUAAAGAUGUUAAUUAUGAUUUUAACUUUCAAGAUCAGGUCACAUAAGGAACAGGGGAAUUCCGGGGGUGGGACACAGCUGGGGGAGUCCAGACCAGGGCAGGGAAAGGAGACUCACAAGCCAAACAGAGUUGCUUUGGGGAAAGUUCUUAUCAGCUGGUGCUGCUUCCUGAGCCAUAUGCCCAUUCCUCAAGCUGCACCCCUUUCUUGGCUAUGUAGGAUGAGUUCCUCCUAGGCCCUUGUUAGGAGUGGCUAUUGGAUCCAAAGCGGUUGGGGCAUGAGGGAGGAUAUUUUAAAGGGAAGUAUCACUGAUCUUAAAAGAACCUAUACAUUCAAGAACAAAUAAAAAACAGCACUUUUCUUUACCAAGAA